UCUGCGACGUGUACCGUUUGAGUGACAUCGUUGCGUGUAUAUUUACAACGGGCGCGAAUAACACGUCGAGAGAUCCCGGCCGGUCCAGCCUGCUCCGCAGCUUUUCCCGCCGUUAUCAUCAUCGUCGUCGUCGUCGUCGUCGUCGUCAUCGUCGUCGUCGUCAUCGUGGUGCUUUCGCGGCUGUCCGACGCGCUUUUUGACGGCGGCCCUACCGCUCGCCACCUCCGUCUAUUCUAAUUAUAGGGUAAACAGCGUAGAGCCGCGAUCACCGCCGGUAGCUCACGUUCUCGGGAAGAGAUAUUGCCGGGAACUGCCUCGACCGAGAAGCUAUUGACCCCAGUUUCGUAACACAAAGUGGAGUUUGAGGGCGAGCGUCUCGCAACAGUUGCAACGAGGAUGCACGUGGUAGAUAAUCACUGUGGCAGUGUCACCCACUCACGCUGGUUUCAAUGACACUUCUCGCGUAGAUUUAUUAAUUAAGCGACCGCUUCUUUUACAAAAGUCUGUGUUCUUUUUUCUUUAGAAUUUAGAUUCGAAUUUAAUUCCUGUUUUCUUUCUUCUAUAGAAAUAGGCAGCCUUACAGCCUUAAUAUUUUUCUUGGAGCUUCGGUGCUCCCCCGCCUGUAUUCGCACUGUUUAUCCUGUUACGCGGCGGUGCAUUGGAAGGAAGCGAGAAAAGGAAGCGGUUCACUUUGUGAGACGGCGAUAGAGCCGAAAAUAAAUACUCGUCGCGAGACACUCGUGGUUACAAGUCGCGGUUGUAAGAGGCUGCUCUUACAAGAGCCGGCACGCCGGCGGGCGGCCUCUCAGUCAGUGUCUUGAUGCGCUCGCAAUCAGAUGCUGUGCUGCGUCCCGAAGAGGCUCGCGGACGGGGGCCCGUUCUACGACGAGGCUCCGACCGCGCCACCGUCCAUUCACGAGAUACAGUUCGAGCUGUAUCCUGAGGAAGAUGCAUCGCCGCCGAUCCUGCUGCCGUGCGCGAUCUGCGCGCGGACCUUCAUGCCGCAGUCGUUGGAGAAGCACGCGAGAAUAUGUGAGCGUGCCGCCGCCAAGAAACGCAAGCCCUUCGACUCGGCGAAGCAGAGGAUCCAGGGCACCGAGCUGGCCGAGUUCUUGCCGAAGCAGGAGAUGCGACGACACCAGGACGAAAGGGGCCGCGUAAUCUCGCCCACUUGGAAGAAGACCCACGACGACUUCCUGCGGGUCAUCCGCGAGGCACGCGGCGAAGUCAUCAACUCGCGCAAACAAUGCAAUUCGCUGAGCUCAUCAGGCGCACCGACUCGUGCCAAUGAGAAGGGUACUUGUCCCACGUGCAAUCGGCAGUUCGGCAUCAAGGCUUACGAUCGCCAUGUAGCCUGGUGCAAGGACAGGGUCAUCAGCGUACCAGUGAGCCCAGCGGUCAAUCUGGCGAAGGAGCGACUAGAAGCGCGCAUGAGGUACAGGGCGCCAGCCCUGAAGAACCGACGAGCCGCCAAUCGCGAAAAGUACAGCUCGGCCUCGGCGGGGAAUCAGUGUAAAACGUCGUUGUCGGUACCGGCGCUUGUGAAACCGAAGGAGAGCGUCUCGAUGCCCAACUGUAGCCGGGAGAGCUCGAGCAAGCAGAAAGCAGCUGUUGUCAGACGCCCCGGGCAACUGAAGGAAUCUCCCAUCUCAUCCGGACCCAUGAAAUCUCGCCUCGCAGACCGUACAAACAAGAAAAUCGAACUGACCACACGUCCCGCCUGGUGCAAUUACGUGCGCAGACGGCCGGACUUUAAUCUCGUGCUUAAGGCUAGAACCGGCACGUGCAAGGACUACGACCCGUUCCUGCUGGCCGAGCAGCAGAUGAACGAAUUACUGUCGGACACGAGCGAUCAGUCUAUGAUGAGCAGUCCCAAGCCUCAGACUCGCGACCUUUAUCCUCUCUCUCAUUCGUCCGCUUUCGUGAAAUAUCCUUGCCAGACAAAUCCUGUCAAUCUCGACAAGAGGUCCUCCUUAAUAGCUCCUCCGUCUGAGUUCGACGACCUCAUCUCCGACUUCUCGAGCGACUCGACCGAGACCAACUCGAUCUCGCGCGAGGUCUUCCUCAAGGAUCUCGCUGACAGCAAGGACACUACGGACCUACCGGGUUCGAAACCUGCUCGCGAGCUGGGCAGACGAUUGAUCAUCGACAAGACAAAGGCGCUGGGCGGCGAUUUGCUCGAGGAGCAGCGUCGCAACGUCAUCGGCAGUGCGGACAAGGCGCGUAAGAACUUGGACAAGCUCAUCAUGCCUAAAAUCGUGCCCAAGGCCACACGACCGCUCGUUGACCGGUCCAACUCGAUACGCGCCUCGUCCGCUCCAAGGAGCAACGCGAGCUCCGACAGGAAAGUUUCGGGCGACGUCAGGACGGCCGCUGCCAAGUUGACCGAGAGUCGGAGGUCGUCGGACCAGAGUCUCAAUCAGAGGAACAACAACUAUUCGUCCCUGUCCGGCAGCAACCUCAGCCUCAGCUCGAUCGUCUCCUCGGAGAUGGACAUUAAACGGUCGAACUCAGUGUUCGACGAGCUAAUGACGUCUCUCGAGGAAGACCUCUCGUUCCCUACUCUGAGAUCCUUCCUUAAUAACGAGUCCUUCAUAUCCAGCUCUGCGCUCGGCGACGGCCAGCGAAACGGCAUCGUCAGCGACGAGGAACUGUCUUCGCCCGACAGCUACAAGCCGCAGGAUCAUCACAGCAAGCUUAGCAACGACUCUGCUUAUAGCAGUUUAAAUCGCAAAUAUUCACAUCAUGGACGCAGCACCAAUGAUGUGAUCGGCCGUCUCGACGAAGAUGCAGCUGGGAAUGGGACACCGUCGCAGACGGUUAAGUGCAAGAUGUCCAAGUUUUGCCACGAGUGCGGCCUGCGGUUUCCGGAAAACGCGAAAUUUUGUUGCGAAUGCGGUGUCAGAAGGCUCGCGCUGUGAAAGAGCACUCCUUUAAUCAUCGUCGUAUCACAAUUAUGACGCUCGGCAGCAGCGAAAAUUGAACACCGCCCAGAGGAUAUUCUCCGGAGAGCGGAGUAGCCCGAAAAUGAGAUUUCGAGGGAAAGGAUUUUUCGAAGCCGAGAUCGCACGGCGAAUAUUCUAUGAAAGAGAAGACACGACGAGUUAACUGCCUUCUCACGAUUAUACAUAUAAGCACUCUAUGAUUCGGACGGCUUUUAUAAAAGUUUCAGAGUUUCGAAAUAUCUUUUAUGAAUUUUGUGAGAUAGCAUUUUUUACCGCGCGAUGGAAUUUUUUUGAUCUACUUUAGUUCGCUUCGUAGACCGCGUUAAUUUGCUCGCCACGUUUGGAUAGUCUAACGAUAUAUUUGAUAAGCAUUUUUCUCGUCGCACAUACACACGUCCACACAUCGAGAGCCGUCGAGCGAGAUCGCAGACUCCGUCCUGUUUUUUACAAACUCGCAAGUGCGUCUUUUUGAUAAGCUUUUUAUAUUACGAGAAAAACUGCUGAGAAUCUCGCGUGUGUACGUGUGCGCGUGUGUUCUCUGUCGAAAAUAAGUGAAUUAAAAGUAAUCGGAGUUUAUUUCAUGAAGAAAUGAGAACUGCCACUAAAAUUGUCACAUAUAGUAUUUUAUUUAUUUCUGUACGUAGUCUAACUUAAUUCUAAUCUAAAUAACGAAUUAAGAAAACUAACGUGGAUCUUUGAAACGGAAUGAAAAUAUAUUAAAGUGAAUUUUCACUUUCAGUUCGAAUUAGUGUCGGUCGAGAGUUCAAAUUUUAGAUAUCUCAUAUUCGAGAAGUGAACUUCUCUCAAUACAUUUUAAUUCGCUUAAUUUUGCAAGGAUUCUCAUAUUUUACGUGUUGUGUAUGUCGUGUACAACGAGAUAUAGAUCGUAGGAUAAGCUUAGAAGGUAGCUAAUAGUGGUGAUUAGACGAGCCGCCGUUACAACUCGCGCCCGCUCAAUUAACACUAACCACUAAUGAGUAAAAAUAACGAAAUACGAGGAAACGCGAUGCGUGUAACGAUUCUAAUGAGAGUAACUCGUUGCGUGCGUGUAGUUGGCUCUCUGGUGUAUGUAACGUACCAAAGAGUAACAUUGCGAUAAGCGUUUAACAAAACUCACAACGAUCGAUAUUUAACUCAAAGGUAAGAAUGCGUUCGAGACUAAUAGUAUGCAAUAGACAAAUUGUGUACGUUUCAAACUGUAUUUUUGCAAGUGCAAUAAACCGAUGCUUAUACAGAUUUGUAUGAACCCGAUUCUGGAGCUCUCCCUGAGGGGGAGCUCCCUGCAACAAUAAAGGCAUAUUACGCAUGAAGCGUUAUAAAUAUA